AUGGGCAAUGGAGACGAGACGAGAGCAGCAGACGAGGCGGCUCUGGUUGAUACAGAGAUCAGUGCGGUCGAGAGUGUAGAACAGAAUGGGUCCGAGAUCCAGCUGGAGCAUGAGCAUGAGCAUCAGCAUGAACAUGAGCAUGAGCAUGAAAUCAAUAACAGCUUUGAAAAGGCUGGAUCGGUGAAAGAAAUUGAGAAUGGAGACACGACAGAAAUGAGAACACGAAAACGACGACUGAACGAAGAAAAAAAUGACGACGAUGAAAACGAGACGAUACAUACGAACGGCAGUGUGCCUGGCACGUCGACGCCCGACUCGAGCGAAGCGAGAGGAGCCGUGGGGUCUGGGGCGAAGCCCCAGCCACCGGAGGUACGUAGGCACCCCAGCAAUAGCCAGUCGAAAAUAGAAGAAGAACAAAAAGAAGAAGAAGAAGAAGAGGAGGGGGUAUGGCCGGUGCGGCCAGUGAGACAGGUGCAGGAACCGUCGAGUUCGAUGUUGUAUCUGGAUACAGUGGACAGGUCGCGGUUGGAUUUCGAUUUCGAGAAGAUCUGUUCGGUUUCGCUGUCGGUGGUGAAUGUGUAUGCUUGUUUGUGUUGUGGGAAGUAUUUUCAGGGCCGUGGUAAGAGUUCGUAUGCGUUUGUGCACAGUGUGGAUGUCGACCAUCAUGUGUUUAUAAAUCUGCAGACUCUGAAGAUAUAUGUGUUGCCAGAGGGUUACGAGGUUAAAACGACGGCUCUGGAUGAUAUUAAAUAUGUGAUAGACCCGUGGUAUACGGCAGAUGAGAUUAAGAGUCUGGAUACAGUGGCUCUGAACAGCUCGUUUGACCUCACUCAUAAGCAGUAUUAUCCGGGUUAUAUUGGCAUUAACAAUAUUAAAGCAAAUGAUUAUGCGAAUGUGGUGAUCCAGAUCUUAAGUCAUGUUAGUCCGGUUCGAGACUUUUUCCUUACUCUUGGUCAGGGUCGUGCGACGGGCAGUAGUCAGAGUAAUGGAUCAUCAGCGAGUAUAAGUAUGGCGAAUAGUAUGGCGAAUAGUACGAAUGGAACUAGUCAGGCAGGGUCAUCCGAGCUGGCAAGUAGACUGUCGACUCUGAUUCGCAAGAUUUGGAAUCCUCGUGCGUUUAGAGCACAUGUAUCACCUCAUGAACUGCUCCAGAGCGUGUCAUCAGCGUCUAAAAAGCAGUUCACAUCGACGCAGCAGUCAGAUCCGUUUUUAUUUUUCACCUGGCUUCUCAACCGACUGACCGCUGAACUGACAGUCGGACCAACUAAUACCCGUUUUAGUCGUGACAGCAGUCCUGGAACACCCACUGCAGCUAUCACUACAGCAGUAUCCACCACCACCACAAAAGACCAACAACCAGUUAAAAAGAAACUCAAACCUACAUCAACUCGCUCUAGCAAACCCAUUAAACCACGAGGAAUCAUUCAAAAGACGUUCCAAGGCACUCUGUUAGUAGAACAGCAGCAACUUCCACGAACACUGCCAUCUGGAGCAUCCGCCGACACAUUCCUACCAAACGAGCCAAUAAAAACAACUGAAACCCCAUUUUUAUGUCUGACAUUAGACCUGCCACCCAUUCCCCUGUUCAAAGAAAGCACUCAAGACGGAGCUCCUGUGAUCCCGCAAGUGACGCUGAAAUCACUGCUAAACAAAUACAACGGCACCACUGUAACCACUGACGAGAUCACUAAAACAAUGAAAAAGUAUAAACUCACCAGAGUGCCCGAGUUUCUCGUCUUGCGAAUCAAACGGAUCACCCGCAAUCUCCUUGGCGACGCCGACGAACGCAAUCCCACCGUCGUCAGCUUCUCACCAACAAACCUCGAUAUGGCCCCCUACCUCACAUCCUCUUCUACCACAUCCCCCUCCUCCACACGAUACAACCUCAUAGCCAACGUCGUGUGCGAAUGGGACGGAAACACACCCCGCUGGAAAAUCCAGCUCCUCGACAAAUCGCGCGACCGCUGGCUUCAAAUCGAAAACCUGCUCGUCGAGCCCAUCCAGCGCGAGCUCCUCUUCCUCAGCGAGUCCCACCUCCAAAUCUGGCAGCGCCAGUCUCCCCUGUAA